GGCACCGAAGCUGCUGCUGCCCAUCCAGGCCCCCUGCAGUGAAUCAACCCCAUGACUUGUCUGAUUGUAUUUUGAAUCUUGGCAUGGCCUGCAGUGACCUGCGAUGAAAAAUGAGGUGUCACCAGCUACAAUGUAGCUCUCAAAAGACAUCCUUCUGCUUGAUGAACCGCAGGGAAAGGCAUCCUAAACCAGGCGCCUUGACCUUGUUUUCAGCCCAGGUUCCCAGUGCUGGUGCACACGGGAGCCAGUCACUGCACAUCUGCCACCAAGGGGAAUCGCCUCCGAGGCCAACUGUGCCGUGGGGAAAGGAAAGGGUUAAACAUCAGAAGAGUUUGAUUUAGUACACAACACGGAUAAAGCCAUUCUCUCUGCCAUUAAAACUGAGGGUAUUUAAUUCAGUAAAGUGAGAUUUCAUUCCCCAUGACUUGGCUGGUUGUAUUUUGAAUCUGGGCACGGGCUGCAGUGACCUGCAACGAAAUACGAGGUGUCACCAGCUACAAUGUAGGUGUUAAAGUGGGAAAGGCAGGAGGGAGCCUCAGCAUCUCCCAUCCCGUGGAUAACUUCAUCACAAAGGACCAGGGCGGUGCCCGCUGGCUCCUGGGGCGGCUGUUGCCGGGCAACAGAGACACUAUAUUGUCCCCUGUCACCUGUGCCCCUCGCCCAUUUGGUCACUGGCCGUGGUGGGAUCACUUGCCGUGGUGGGAUCACUGUGGUGGUGGACUCAUUUUGGCAGUUGGACCACUUUUGGUGGUGGGAUCACAUUUGGUGGUUGCAUCACUUUUGGUGUUGGGAUCACAUUUGGUGGUUGCAUCACUUUUGGUGUUGGGAUCACUUUUGGUGGUUGAACCGCUUUUCGUGGUUUGAUCACUUUCGGCACUUGGAUCGCUUUGGUGACUGGAUCGCUUUCAUCACUCGGAUUGCUUUUGGAACUUGGAUCUGUUUUGGUGACUGAUCGCUUUCUGUGGCAAGAAGGAGCAGGAGAAAGGCUGCUGGCUGUCCAUCCCUCCAAGAUCACCUCCGGACAGAAAAGCUCCUGUCUCCCUACUUCGGGUUCAGUGUUUUCACGCAGAACAGCAGCGAUGGCCACACGCAGUCUGUUGGAAAUGCUGGACGCUGCCAUCGGGACACCCCAAGUUGGGGUUGUGGAUUUCGUGGCGCUCCACAAGCUGCUGAAAGCCAUGAUCAUCGGGCAGCAGGGUCAGCAGGAGGUGCAGUGCGGCCUGGCAGAGGACAUGCGGGCCAUGCAGAAGGCGCACUCUGGCAUGGCAGAGGACAUGCGGGAGAUGAAGGAGGCGAUGCAGGAGGCGCAUUCUGGAAUGGCACAGGACAUCCAGGAGAUGAAGGAGGCGCAUGUCGGCCUGGCAGAGGACAUGCAUGCCCUGCAGGAGGCGCAUUCCGGCCUGGCCGAGGACAUCCAGGAGAUCCAGGAGACACUUGGCCUGGAGGGCGGUGGGGGCCAGUCUGCCCCCUCCGAGCCCACCCAGGUGGCCAUGGACAGCCAGGCCAGGAAGAGCUCAGCACUGGGGCCGAAGGGACGUGGAACACAGCCUGGGAUGGAGACCGACAGGGGGACUGCAGGGUCUGGCUCCCUGGGGAUGCAAGCAGGGACACAGGGGGAACCAGCGACCCCUGUGAAGUUGUCAGGCGCUCCCUCUGAUCACACGAGGUCUAUUGGUCCCGGCGCCACCACCCCGGGGAUGCAGCCAGGAUCACGGGGCACCCAGGCCACCACCCACCUGGGGACACAGCCAGGGGCCCCUGACACCCAGGCCAGCACCUCAGGGAUGCAGCCAGGAUGCCCUGGGACCCACACCACCACCCCUGGGGUGCAGCCUGCGUCCUCCAGAUCCCAAGCAACCAUCCCAGGCGAUGCCCAAGAGCCGGCCAAGCCCUGGGGCUCCACCAGCACCUCCAGCUACGAGUCGGAGAUGCGGGAGGUUCUCUCACAGGUUGGGCAGCUCGGCAACGUCUACGCUGGUCUGAAGGAGGAGGUGGAACAGCUUAAAUCUACAAAAGCAGAACGUGCGGAUCUUGAGAACGUGCGCCAGCUUUUCCCAAAGGGAGGUCGGCAGAGCAUCACCAGCAUCCUGUCUGACCUCAAGUGCCAGAUGUCCUUCCUACAAGACAUGGCCAGGGCCCUCCACGGGGAGGAGGAGAAGAUCAGCAAGGUGGAGGAUGCUCCCAGAAAGAUGAGGGGGGCUGGAGCCGGCAGAAAAGCAGACGGCAGCGGCCAGAUGACCCGACAGCCGCGGCCCAAGGGACAGAAGGUCAAGGCAGAGCGCAAGGAGCUGGGGAAGCAGCAGGAGCCGACCCAGGCCGAGCUGGAGCAGUUUGCAGCUGAGUACGUGAAUAACUUGGUGAUGGAGACAGCGCAGCAGCUGCAGGCAGAGCAGCCGGACGAGCCGAGGGCGACGGUGCAGAGCGGGGGACACGAGCACGCAGGGUGCCACUUCUGCAGCCCGGACACCAGGGUGCUGCUGGGGAAGCUCCUCCAGCGCUGCAAGAAGCUCGAGGAGCAGGUGGAGUCCCUGGCCCAGAAGGCGGGCGGCAAGGUGGACAAUUAUCCAAAGUGGAGGAGACAGUCCCUGCAGCAGGACGAGCAGAUCAAGUGCCUCCAGGCCAGCAUCAUGCAGCUCCAAAAGGACUAUGAGAAGUUCAGCUCGGCCCUUGCAAACCUGCAGCAGGAUCGCCAGCAGGAGCAGAAUGACAUCAAGGCUCUGUCCCAGGCCCUGGAGAGAAUCAAGAAGCAGAAAGCAGACAAGGAGGAGCUGCUGGUGCUGGGAAUCGAUGAGAAAGCAGACAAAGACAAAGUCAGUCGCAGCCAGUUUGAGGCGUGCGUGGAGCAGCUGAACAAGGUGAUGGAGGAGGUGACGGGCCAGGAGAAGUUCUUGCACCGGUUCCAGCAAGAGCUCCAGAGGCAGAUGGACUGCAAGCUGGACCGCCGGGAGCUGGGGGCAUUCCAGCAGCAGCAGGAGGAGCGGUGGAAGAGCCUCAGCGGGCAGCUCCAGGAGAAGGCGCUGAAGCCAGAGCGUGACAAUGCCGCUGGGAUUAGGAAGCAGCUGCUGCCUGGUUUCCAUUGCCUGUCCUGUGACCGGCCCCUCAACAUGCUGGCGCCUGGACCGGAGCGGACGGGCGAGUGCAGAUACCCCACUGUUACGCGGAGCUGUGGGGGCCCACACACUGUCAGGCCCCCGCGCUUCCAGCCCCAACCGCCCAGCACCCCACGGCCAUCCCAACCCAGUGCCCGCCGCCCCAACAAGAAGGAUGCGAUGCAGCUGUCGGGCCAGGACGGCACUGAUGGGAACCAACCGAACAAGCAGCCGUCUGUAACGGAGAGCUCUGGGCUGCCCUCAAGGCAAAGGGGGACGCCAGACACCACAACCUCGAGCAGCCAGCCAAGCACCGCCUCCCCGCUGCUGUUAGCCGUGCUGAAGUGCCAACCAGCCUCAUCUCCCGGACGCCUCACCCUGCCACCGAAGCUGCUGCCACACCGCAUUAAAUCAGCGCCCUGACAGCCGGGCAGGACGGGGGUCCCGGCCCCGGUCCCACCGCCCCGGGCGCUGAGCAGGCAGCAGCUGCAAUAAAUGGCGAUGGGCAACCAA